AUGACUCAUGAUGAACUACAUGCUAAUCAACAAUUUGAAAUAGCUCACAAUAUUGCCCAUGAGGGAACCAAAACUGGAAAAGGGUUGAAUCAAAUAGGAAAUUUACAAAGAGCUACUGACACUCAAUGGUCAUCUCAUUUGAAUUCCAUUACUAGUUUGAUGAGAACAUUUAGUGCAACUGGUAAGGUUCUUAAAACUGUUAUAAAGAAAGGAAAUUCAGAAAAGCGUGCAAGUGCUGAUGCUGCUUAUGAAUGCUUGAUAUCUUUUGAGUUUGUAUUUAUUUUGCAUUUGAUGGGAGAACUUUUGGGGUUGACUGAUAAUUUGUUUCAAGCUUUACAACGUCGUGGUCAAGACAUACUUAAUGCGAUAUGUUCAGUGUCAUCUACUAAAGUCUUCGUUCAAAUGUUUAGAGCAAAUGGUUGGGAUGAGUUGUUUAUUAAAGCUAAGUCUUUUUGUAAGAAGCAUAAUGUUGAAAUUCCGAAUGUGACUGCUCAUCACAAACCAGGUAAAGGUCGUUCUCAUCAAGGGGGGAAUAUAACAAUGGUGCAUCAUUUUCGAGUUGACUUAUUUAUUGCGGUAACAGAUGCACUACCACAAGAACUCGAUCAUAGAUUUGAUGAAAACAUGAUUGAUCUUCUAUUUUUUAGUGCAUCUUUGGAUCCUAAAGAUUCUUUCAAGUCUUUUGAUAUUGACAAAAUAUGCAAUUUGGAAAACAAAUACUUAACUGAAGACUUCUCCGAUUAA